AUGGAAAAAAACAUUGUUGCGGCUAGCUCUCUCCCAUCACACUGGUCCACUCAACAGCCCAAACUAAAUGCUGUAAUCCAGGCCCUCCAGCUGUCAAAAGUCAGUCUAAACACCAAGAUAGAAGAAACCUUUGCAGCAGAACCCGCACUUUUCCUCCUGGUCUUUACCCUCACCUGGCUUGCUCAUACCCUAGGAGCCACCUUUUGGCAGACCCCCCCCCCCACCACCACCCUACUGUCCUUGACUCCCGAGAUCCUGGUCGGGCCGACUCUGGGCGCGUCUCGGUUUCCACGCCGCCUCCGCCCGCGCUGCGUCCCCGCGUGCGCGCCGGGUUAUCCAGUCUUUGAGCAUGGCAGAUUUUCACCAGAUGACAUCAUGGGAGCUAGUGAGUGCCGGCUCCGCAAGGGGGACGGAGAAGGGGAGGGAGGAGGGGAGGGGAAAGGCUGGGAAGCCGUGCCAGAGCCGUUGCCUGCCGCCCGCCGUCCUUCCGCCAGCCCGGGAGGAGCUCUCCGCCGGUUACUGACAAAGGAUGGGAGGAUGCCUGCGCCCCGAGAUGAGCGUUGUGCGCAGCCCGGCGGCCGCCUGAGCAGCUUCGCCCUUCGCCGGAACUUGUAGUCAGUCCUGUUUGAUCUGGAGCCAGUUAAGACCAUCAGCCCUCCAGCUGGUCAUGCUCCAGUAUCCACUUGUGACCUUUUGAUAUCAAGAGCCAAAAACUCCACCCUCAGAAUAUGUUAAUGCUGCUAUUUUCUGAGCAUGCAUCCCAUGGAAAAACCUGUAAGUUAUGUCUUCAUAGUGUGAUGAUUACUUCAUCUUUUUCUUACCUCCAAUUACCUUUCCCCUUGCCUCAUCUUUAUCCCAUAAAUACCCCAAGCCCCUCACCUUCAGGGAGGCAGAUUUGAGACAUGUUCUCCCAUCUCCUCACUUGGCUGAGUGAGAGCAGCUGCUGGCCAAGUAGCAUUCACUGCCACUUAUGUCCUGCAAGUCCUAUAUGGUAGUCCCCCUUGCCCAAGAUUUUGCUUUUUGCAAUUUCGGUUAUAUGUUUAACCUCUGUAAGAAAAUAUUAAAUGGAAAAUUCUGGAAAGAAACAAUUUAUAAGAUUUAAAUUGUGUGUCAUUCUGAGUAGUGUGAUGAAAUCAUGUGUCUCCCUUGGACAUGAAUCAUCACUUUGUUCAGUAUAUCUGCACUGUAUACACUAUCCAUCUGUUAGUGCUGUAGGGAAAAAUAUAGUGUCUGUGAAGUUUGAUACCAUCUGAGGUUUCAGACAUCCACUGUGGGUUUUAGAACAUAUCCCAUGUAGAUAAAAGGUGGCUACUGUGCUACAAAGCUCCAGUUUCAUCUACUUUCUGUAACUCUGUACCUUCCUCUUGCCCCAUCAAGCCUGGGAUGGUUAACAGCAUCCCUCUUUUAAUUAUCAUCAUGCCUCAGUAAUUUUUCCCUUUGGUUGUGAUAUCUUUUUUCCUCCACGCUUUUGACAUACAGCUUGGUGGGAUUGGAAGGGCAUUCAUUUUAUAGUUUAAGAGAACUGUCAUUUUUAUGAUAGGGCCUUUCUACUUAUAUAUAUGUUAUACAUCUCUGUUUACCUAGUUCUGCUGUGUGCUUCUAUCAUGUUAUAAUUUAUUCUAUAAAGAUAUUGCUUAGCCUUUUUGAGAUUUAUUCCAAGAAUUAUUCUCAUGUUUAUUAUAAUUAUGAAUGUGAUAUUUAUAAAGAUAUAAGGCUAUUGUUGAUAAAUAUUGAUUUUUGCAUGUUGAUUUCCCAUCCACAAACUUACUAAACUAUUCUGUUUCCUCUCAUAGAUUCUUUUGGAGGUUUUCUUCCAUAUUCUAGGUAGAGAAUUAUAUUGUCUUUGUAUAAUAAAUAUAGUAAUAAUAGUCAUUACUAAAUUUGCAUUGACAAUAUAGUAGAGGACAGAGGAGUCAGACAUGCUAAUACAUGGGGUCUCAAAGAAUCGGACACAAUUUAGUGACUGAAAAACAACAACAAAAAUAUAUUGUGAAAUCAUUGUGUGCAUGUGCGUGUGCUCAGUUGCUCAGUUGGGUGAUUUAUUUUGUAUGAUGAGGCAUUUAGGAUCUUACUUCAUAGCAAGUUUCACACGUACAGUGAAAUAUUAUUAAUUAUGGUCAUCUUUCUUUAUAUUACAUCUCUAGGAGUUAUUUAACUUAUAAUUGGAAGUUUCCACACUUUUACCCCUUCACCUAUUUUUUCUAACCCCCAGGCUCUGGUAGCCAUCAUGCUACUAUUUACAUACAUUUGGGUUUUUUAGAUUCUGUAUAUGAAUGAGAAAUUAUAGUAUCCAUUUCUCUGACUUAUUUCACUUAGUCUUAAAUUUGUGGCAAGAUUUACUUCUUUUUAAAAUACUUCCAAUAUGCUACUGGAGAAGAGCAGAGAAAUAACUUCAGAAAGAAUGAAAGAGGCUUCACUGAAGUGAAAACAACAACCAGUGGUGGUGAAAGUAAAAUCUGAUUCUGUAAAGAACAAUAUUGUAUAGGAACUUGGAAUGUUAGGUCCACGAAUCAAGAUAAAUUGGAAGUGAUCAAACAGGAGAUG